AUGCCGUCAGGAGGAGGUGGAGGAUGGUGGAAAACGACGAUUCUCGUUGUGCUUUUGACAGGAUGCAUUCUUCUUCCAACCAACGUCAGCGCAGAAGACAUCGACGCAGAAGACCGUCUAAUGGUUGACUUGUUUCGUGGAUACAACUCUCUCGUUCAACCAGUUCGAAAUCGAUCCGAACUUCCGAUGAUUGUGAAGAUUGGAAUGCAACUUGUUCUUUUGAUUAAUGUAGAUGAAAAAGAACAAGUGAUGCAUACAAACGUAUGGUUGACAAUGAAAUGGGACGAUUUUCAAUUGAAAUGGGAUCCAAGAGACUAUGCAAACAUCACACAGAUUAGAGUUGCUCCUGAGAAAGUUUGGCUUCCCGAUAUUGUACUUUUCAAUAACGCUGAUGGAAAUUAUGAAGUGUCGUUCAUGUGCAAUGUUUUGAUCCUUCAUACUGGAACAGUUCUAUGGGUUCCACCUGCAAUUUAUAAGAGCAGUUGUAUUAUUGAUGUUGAGUUCUUUCCAUUCGAUGAUCAAUUAUGCAGUUUGACAUUUGGAAGUUGGACGUACAACAAAGACGAAAUAAAACUGGAUUUUCUAACUGCUGAUCGUGUAGACUUUUCUGAAUAUUCAACAAGUUCAAUAUGGGAUAUGAUGGAUGGACCAGCAGUCUUAACAUCAGACAGGAGCCGAAUCGAAUUUCAAAUCAGAAUUCGAAGAAAAACUCUCUUCUACACAGUUGUCCUGAUUCUACCAACCGUUUUAAUGGCGUUUCUGAAUGUGACAGUAUUCUAUCUUCCGACGGCUUCAGGAGAAAAAAUGGGACUGACCAUGAACGUGUUGCUGUCGAUCGUUGUGUUCUUACUCCUCGUCUCCAAAAUUCUACCUCCGACGUCUUCUUCAAUUCCACUAGUUGCCAAGUAUCUCUUACUCACUUUUGUACUCAAUAUUAUUACUAUCAUGGUGACCACUAUCAUUUGUAAUAUCUAUUUUCGAAGUCCUAUCACUCAUCGUCUACCUCCGUGGGUCCGAAAAGUAUUUCUUGAUUGGCUACCUCUAUUAAUGUGUAUGCAACGCCCUCAUCGGAAAAAUGUGAUUCAGAAGAGCCAUAGAAAACUUCUUGAAACUGGUCCAAGUGUUGAAGAAAAUCCAAUGAGACCCGGUGAACAUCAUCCAUUAUGCAGACAUACUCAUAAUCCGGAUAGUUGCCGGAAAGUGAGAAUUCAAAGUGAUGAGUUGGAUGAUGAGCUGUCACCGGAAGCUCAACGAGCAAUUGAUGCGAUAGAGUUUAUAACUGAGAAUCGUAGAGAUGAAGAGAUAACCAAGCAGUUUCGAGAUGAUUGGAAAUUCAUUGCCAGCGUUGUCGAUCGGUUUCUUUUAUAUGGGUUCUUUGGAGCAACUGUCGGAGGAACGAUUGGAAUCGUGUUCUCUGCUCCGUCAGUAUUUGAAACAUUUGACGAACACGCUCAACUAGCGAAACUGAAACAGUUGUAUGAUAUGGGUCUUGCCAAUGACACAGUCCUUGGUCUUUUUUAA